UAAAGUGCGUGGCGAGAAUAAUAAAAUGGUUAGAGAGUCCGGUUAACUCCAAAGCUCCGAAAAGAAAAGAAAAACUCUUCCGUCUCUCGUUAUCGUUCUCGACGACAUCAGAACUCUAAUCAGUUAAAGAAGAGAAGGAUGGUAGGAAGUGGAGCACCACAAAGAGGAAGUGCAGCUGCAGCUGCAAGCAUGCGAAGGAGGAAGCCUAGUGGAAGUGGUGGAGGAGGAGGAGCCUCUGGUGGUGGAGCAGCAGGAUCCAUGCUUCAGUUCUACACGGAUGACGCACCGGGUCUCAAGAUCUCCCCUAAUGUUGUCCUUGUCAUGAGCAUCGGUUUCAUUGCUUUCGUCGCCGUCCUCCAUGUCAUGGGCAAGCUCUACUUUGUCAAAUGAUCAAAUACUAGUAGAAUGUGACUGCUAGUGAUCAGAGAGCUUUAGAGAAUGGUUUCAACUCUUGUUUUUUAAUUUUGUGGAAUAUAAAACUAUCUUGUUUCUUUGACA